GGAGUCAGCUGACGGAGGUGCUGUGUUAUUAAAAACUCGGGUGAACUGCUUGGUCAUUGUUCAUAUCCAUAAUAGGGAGCCUAACGAUACGCUGCAUGUCCUGAUCGCUGCAGCAAUAAAAUGAAGCUUUCGUACUUGUUCCUGUUGGCUGCUUUCGUCUGGACCACCGAUGCUAUCAUCAGGAUUCCUCUUAAGAAGUUUCGCUCUAUCAGACGGUCUCUGUCCGAUGUGGGUAAAAGCGUCGAAGAGCUGGUGGCUGACAAGGAGUCCUUGAAGUACAACCUGGGUUUCCCUGCAAGCACUGGGCCUACUCCAGAGACCCUGAAAAACUACCUUGAUGCUCAGUACUACGGGGAAAUUGGAAUCGGAACCCCGCCACAGCUCUUCACCGUGGUGUUUGACACAGGAUCGUCCAACCUCUGGGUGCCUUCCAUCCACUGCUCCUUCACCGACAUCGCAUGCUUGCUUCACCACAAGUACAAUUCUGCCAAAUCAAGCACAUACGUAAAGAAUGGAACAGCCUUUGCUAUUCAGUAUGGGUCUGGCAGUCUAUCUGGAUAUCUCAGCCAAGACACCUGCAAGAUUGGCGAUUUAUCUGUGGACCGCCAACUUUUCGGUGAAGCUUUAAAGCAGCCUGGAGUGGCAUUCAUUGCUGCCAAGUUUGAUGGCAUUCUAGGAAUGGCUUAUCCCAGGAUUUCAGUAGAUGGAGUAGCUCCUGUCUUUGAUAACAUGAUGAGUCAGAAAAAGCUGGAAAAGAAUGUGUUCUCCUUUUACCUGAACAGGAACCCUGAAACACAGCCAGGCGGGGAAUUGCUGCUCGGUGGGACAGACCCUAAAUAUUACACUGGGGACUUUCAGUACCUGAACGUUACCAGGCAGGCCUACUGGCAGAUCCACUUGGAUGGGAUGAGUGUUGGUAGCCAGCUGACUCUGUGCAAGGGUGGCUGUGAGGCCAUUGUUGACACUGGUACCUCCCUCAUUACUGGACCCGCUGAAGAAGUGAAGGCGCUCCAGAAAGCCAUUGGAGCCAUCCCACUCAUCCAGGGGGAGUACAUGAUUGACUGCAAGAAAGUUCCUUCUCUUCCUGUCAUUUCGUUCACAAUGGGUGGGCAGACAUAUAAGCUGACUGGAGAUCAGUAUGUCCUGAAGGAAAGCCAGGCAGGGAGGACAAUUUGCCUGAGUGGAUUCAUGGGACUUGACAUCCCUCCUCCAGCUGGGCCCCUGUGGAUUCUGGGAGAUGUCUUUAUUGGGCAGUACUACACAGAAUUUGAUAGGGAGAACAACAGAGUUGGCUUUGCAAAAGCUAAAUAGUUAUAGAAGUAGUUAAAUUUGACAAUCUCUAGGGAAAGGAGAAACAUACUAAGGUUAUUGCACAAAUAUGGGUUCCGUUGUAUCAGGUAGCAAUGCAUUUAUUUAGAUUUAAGGGCUUAGAGCCUAAUUACUCAUCAGCUGAUAUUUUUCAGUAAAUAACAAAUGAUCAAAUUUUAAGUUGAAAAAUUAAGACUACAUGCUUUGUGGUAUCUGGCAGAAUAUUUAAUCUGAUGUGACGACAUGAACAAUUUUGUUUUAAUGUGUGUAUUUUUUUAAAAAAGGUACUUUUUAGUAACUGCCAGUUCACUUGCUUUUUGUUACAUUUUCUUAAAUAUGUCUCAGAACCACAGCCUUCUUAUGUGAGAAUUUGUUUCCAUAAAUUGAAAAUGAACUUAGUGUGUGUCGGCUUUGUUCACGUGAUAUUUUUGAAAUAUGGAAACUAAAAAGUGCAGGGUACCAGUUAGACCAUUUGUAAACAUAACUAAAAUAAAAACCACUAGCUGCUGAUAA